GAAUAUAUCCGAAUCAAAUCCAUUUGUGAAUGAAAUGUUAAUUCGGAGUAACAUGAAUAAAAAACAAUGGAAGACAGUAAGAAGAUUGACUAAACUUCUUCAAAUGGACUAUCAAAAUAGAAAAGAACUGCUUCUAAAAAGACUGGACUUCACUAUAGACUCCAUGUUGCAAUCUCCGAACAUAAAAUCAAAAAAUAACGAAAUUGAUGCUUUUGUAGAGCCACUAAGGACUCUUGUGGAAGAAAAAUGUUAUAAUUCUAAAAUUGGAAUUCCAGAUUUACUUUCAUCAACAAAAAGUAGACUAAUUACGUUAUUUUUAGAAUUAUUGGCUUAUGAAAGGGUCAGUUUUGGGGUGGAUAGAGUACAAUGUGAUGUCAAUAAAGUUCAAAUUAAUGACGUGCCGGAUAGAGGUGGAAGGAUGUGGGAGACCAGUCAUCCACCAACCCCUGAGACUUUUUCUCAACAGCAAAAUCAGCUUAAGGAACCAAGAAAUCAAUAUAAAAGACAAGAUCAUGGGCAUCCCCAAAGGAGAUAUCAACAAGAAUAUUAUCAGCAGCAAUCUCUUAAUUUUCAGAGCCGGGAACCAAUUUAUGCUGAGUUUCGGCCUUCUAGGAACCGUAAUUCUGACAAUUCUGGAGAUCCCCGAGACCCUUCAUUUGGAAAACAAAGAUCUAACAAUAAGAAAAGUUGUUUUUAAUAUUCUUUUUUAGAUUUUUAUGGAGGUAGUGACUCUGCAGGUGGUUAUGG